ACAGCACUGUAUUUACACACACCGUCACCGUAAUCUGUCAAAAACUCUACAGCAGUGUUUAUAUGGGCCCAACUUGACGUUUGAUCGGAAUUGUUUUGAUCAUUGCCAAGCUGCAUCACUCAGGAAAUCACCAGCAAGUACUAGAAAAUACUAUACUUACACAUCUGGCUUUAACUCCGACGUAAGACAUGAAGAAAUACAGAGAGCAAUGGAGAGUAGAUUCUGUGUUUUGAGCGACACCGAAGACCUCCAAACGCUAAUUUCAAACACUGAGAACAAUCUCCACUUCGAAAGAUCUAAGACACUGUUUGAAGAAAUCCGUGCCUCCAUCAACAACAAUGACGAAGAGGACCACUCCUUCUGGAGGCCUGUGCUGCCUUGGGGGGGCGUCUUCGCCAUUAAGGCAGGACGGAAAGCCAUAUCAUGCACCCCUUUGUACGUCAAAAUCAACCUAAAAAACACAUGCACCAUCGAUGGCUUCCUUAUGAUCCUGUAUGUGAUUCUGCGGGACAACCAGGGCUUUCCCAGGGAGCUGGCUGUCUUCCUGGGCAAGCAUUUUGUGGAGUAUUUCCUCUCCCUGAUGGACUCCUGUGACUACACCACAGUGAAGAUGCUGUGGAUCUGGGACAGGAUGUCUAAAAGACAGUACCGCUCUAAGAUCCACCAGGCAGCACUAGAGAUUGACCUGUUUGGUAACGAGCAUGAGAACUUCACAGAGAACCUGGAGAACCUAAUGUCCACUAUUCAGGAGAGUCUGUGCACCAACUGGAACUGCCCGGCCCACUUCCAGGAGUUCAUCAAGACUACAAUCAACAUCAGCCCUCCUCAUGAGCUGCCUCAGAGAGACCCCAUUCAGUCGGCCGUGGACGAGUUCUUCUGCCCCAAACUCCUACUCUGCUCAGAGCUGGGGUGUGAUGGUCUAAGGGAGUUCUCUCAGAGGGUUUUCUGCCAUGGACCCCCACCCUUUGUCAUUCUCAACAUGCAGCAGUGGAAGUCAGAGGAGCUAUCCUAUGUCCCUUACCAUCUAGCUCUUUGCCAACACAGAUAUUUACUAGAGGGUGCCACGCUCUUCAACAAGGUGGAGCAUCACUACUCCGCAGCCUUCCAGAUAGACGGCUGCUGGAUGCACUAUGACGGUCUGAGGAGUGACAAUCUGAUCCUGUUACACAAGCCACCAGAGCUCCUGCUGCUGUCCUCUCUGGUCUACAUCCGCGCCUCCGACAAGUGAACUUAUUUUUUUAAUCACAAGUGGAUACACAGAUGAGCAGGCAUUCAUUCAUCCAGCCUUCCUGCGAUUAUUUUGUCAUAACCCCGUGGAUGGCGUUACAUUACUGUAAUCAUGUUUCUCUACUUAUUGCAUCAUUAGUUUUUCUUCUUCCUGUCAGCUGUUGCUUUCUGUUACCUGUAAGAUAGUUGUAUGACAUAUGCUCCAUUUCACCUGAAUGCUUGCAGAAAGAUUACUGUGCAAAAUGGAAAUUACUUCUUUUUUGGCAUGCUUGGAAUCCAAGAAUAUAAUGGACUAUAAUAGUUCUGGGUUGAUAUGCAUAGUAGCAGUGAGUAAUACACAUCGUAUGCAUAUACAGUUACCCAACAUACAGGGAGAUUGAUAGGAUUUUAAAAACGCCAUGGUUAAUUUACACUCUGAGGGUGCAUUUGCUCUUAAUCAGCCUUGUAUAGAUGACAUUUACUGUAUACCACAUUUCCACCAAAAUUGCAAGUGUACAAUUUUGGCAUUUUAAUUUGACAUGUAUGCAUAUCAGCCCUUUUGUUGAAUUAAACAGGUGCUUUUUCUAUUGUCACAUGUGGUCUGAGCGGAUAAAAAACAACCAAACAAAGCCAACGUCUAUGUCAGGUUAACUUCUUUUUUGUUAGGAUGCUUAAAUUGGAGGCAAGCGUUUAAUACAAUGAGUGAGUGAAUGUUAAAAAUACCAAGUUCUUAAAUUAUAUAUAAAAAGGUUGAGGGCAGUCUCUUUUCUGAACUACAAGCUUAAAUAUUACUGUCCAUACUAACAAAUUGAAGCACUUUAACACUAGCUCAGCACACACUGCAGUCACAACAGGUAAUGUCUAAUUACUUUUUUUUUUUUUAAAGUUUUUAACCUUAAAGAAUAACUGGUAUCACACAGUGCCUCUGCCAAGGUAAGUUUACGAAAGUGAAUCCUUUCGAGCAUAAAUCCUUGAUCAUGAUCAGUUGUCAAUUGCUGUUUUUCUAUAUACAAAUAUAAAUAUUUUGGAAUACA